GUACUGAGCCUUGACUUACAUCAUAUCUCCGAUGAACUGUUGGAUUUGCUGGAUUCAGCCUCAGAAUUAAGACAAAUUGUGAUUUAUAUUCACAGUAUAAAUGACAAUUAUAUACCCACUACAGAUGAAACUUGGAUUCGAUUCCACCAAAAACAUCGAAUAUGCAAAGUUCAAUUAGCUAUUCCACACGAUUUCAAAGAUCUAAACAAGAUUGAGUCGGUGUUGUCUAGGUAUAUGCCUCUGUACCACUUGGAUGUUCUGGUCUGUAAAAAGUGCGAACUAUCAGUUGCUUGUAAAAAGUUAGAAGCCAGUUUUCGAGAAUUAGAAUUGCGAGAGCCACCCGUUAUGGAAUUUCCACAACUACAUGUGAAAUGGGGCUACUGUGACCUUAAAUGAAACAAUUUGCUGAGAACCAAUGUUUGUGAUAUUUAAAAAUUAAACUUCGAGUAGAAUAAAAAACCACGACGACUAGUCAGUCCAGAGUAAAGAAGUGUAGUAUAACUUGUGCUUAUAAGGAUUUGUUUUCGGGAAUAGCAAUAAACCGGAGAUAAAUAUACCGGGUGAUAACGAAAGCAUUAUUCACAGCGCCAUUCAAUUGUUUAUGAUGUGCGAUAUUUGAAAUUCGGAAUCAUAUCAAAUCAAAUUUAUUUUCAAUAUAUGAUAAAAUUUAUUGUAUUAUGUAUUUAAUGUAUUAUAUUAUCUUGAACGAGUAAUUUUUUGCCUAGUCUUUGGAAUGCCUGUAUUUAGUUAUAUUACUCAUUCAGAUAAAAGUUCUGUAUGUAUAUUGUAUGUUUACAAUAUGACGAUCCUAAGACAAUAACUAUU